UUUACAUUUGCGUUGAGUAACAUCAGCAUGCCAGAAGACCCAGAGCUUAGAAACAACACUUACAAGCAAGUGCAGGACAUGAUCAACGAUGCACUGAACACUCUUCUGAAUGAUCCAAACAGUGUGAAAUUUGAACCUAGCUCAUCCAACUUCACGAGCACCUCAGACCAAAUCUUUGGCAAUAUGGAUUACACCUUCCAAGAUGGAGCUGUGAUACAACCUGUCAGCUUCCUCAAUGAGCUUCAUAAACUGAUGGGAAUGAGCACUACAACGUCUCCGCUUCCAAGUAGCUUCCCUGUGACGUCCUUCCAGCAAAUAUCUGGUUCAGCAGAGGUGACAAGCAAACUGGUGUUCAACUCCUCAUCUCCAGUCCCCAGUGAAGCUUUGGUGCUCAGUGCUAUCAACAUUCUCCUGGAAUCCAGAGUUUCAGAACUGAAAGAAACAGUCAAGCUGAUGAAUGUCAGUUAUGAAAAAAUCUCAGACACCACCUAUGCAGUCUUCUUUACAUUUACCUUGAGUAACAUCAGCAUGCCAGAAGACCCAGAGCUUAGAAACAACACUUACCAGCAAGUGCAGGACAUGAUCAACGAUGCGCUGAACACUCUUCUGAAUGAUCCAAACAGUGUGAAGUUUAACCCCAGCUCCUCCAACUUCAUUAGCACAUCAGACCAAAUCCAUGGCAAUAUGGAUUACAUUUUCCAAGAUGGAGAUGACAUACAACCUGUCAGUUUCUUAAACGAGCUUCGUUUGCAAAACAGCCUAACAACUCCUCCUGCCAGCAAUUCUCAGACCACUACUGAUGCAACAAUUCUUGGGACGGCUGUUAUUAGCAUUCGGCUUGUGUUUGAAACGUUGGGCCUAAUGCCAAAUGAAAGUAAAAUUAUGGAGUUGGUUUCUAUACUGAAUGCAAAUCUCACAACUAAACAAGAUGACAGAGCAACACAGUUUGGUGAACCUGUGAGCAACGUAAAUGUCUCAUUUGACAGUAUUUCUAAUCAUUCAUAUGCCCUCAACUUUGGAUAUGUGAUCAGCAAUGUAUGGAUGUCAGAAAAAUUUGAAAACAGGAACAGCACCAACAAACUCAUCCAAGACAAAAUAAAUAAACUGCUAAACGAGAUCCUAAAUGAUCCCUCAGCCAAUCCAGUCCAGUUUAAUGAGACCAUAUUCUCGAAUAAUUUCACUGAGAUCAUGGCUUUUGUGGAAUACAAUAUUUCACAAAAAAAUGACAUCCAGUCACCCAGUAAAUUUCUCCAGGCAAUUCUUAAGGAAAAUAGCUUGACAACUCCAACUGUACUUGGAAGAGCAAUUAUUUACAUCCGGCUUGUUUUUAUAACGAGAGGCACCAUACCAAGCGAGAGCGCUGUUCUACAAGUAGCCAACAACCUGCUGGACAAACGUCUAAGAAGCAAACGAGACCUGACAGAACAAAAACUCAGUGAUCCUGUGAGCUUUGUGAAUGUCACCUAUACAAAAAUUUCUGAUAAUUCGUAUGCCCUCAAUUUUGGAUUUGAAAUCAGCAAUGUCACCAUGUCUGAGAAUCUUGUACUCAGGGACGACACAUACACAAUAAUCCAAUCUUCAAUAAAUAAAUUGCUGAACGAGAUCCUAAAUGACCCAAAUGCCACUCCAUUUGAGUUCAAAAAGGCCAAUUUUACGGGUAAUACCACUGUGAUUAAGGCCGAUGUCGAGUACAUUUUCUCAGAAGAUGACUUCAAGUCACCCAGUCUUUUUCUCAAGGCACUUAUCACUGUUAAUAUUGAAGCCAGUAACCCAACUGCUACAACCACAUUUCCCUCUGUGGUGAACACUACUGGGCCAAACAACAGCACUAGUGCAGCGUGGAUUGUGGCUAUAAUUGUUCCUUGUGCUAUAGCCAUCCUGCUUGUACCUUGCUGGAUUCUCCUUUGUUGUCUGCUUUGUGGUUGCUGUGCACGAAUAAGACGACGUUGGCACAGAAGACAGUCAUACAAUGUACAGUACACGACUCGACACAGCAUCUUCUAGUGAACUUGAGAGGCAACAAAGAAAAAUUUUACAGGAAAAGUGAUCUUUUUGCAACUGUAACGCACAACUAUUCUUUGAAAUCACUUAUUCUUAUGUUAUUUAUUACAGAGCAAUGAUUAUUGUUAAUAUUGUUAUUUAAAUUAUGUAAUGAAUAUGUUAACUUUGAGCUUUUUAAUAUGCACUAUUUAUUUUCUUCCUGUUUUGCUGGACAGACAGGAGCUACACAAAAUUUUACUGAAUGUAAUUUUCCCCAAGCUGUAUUAUCUAAUGAAAUUAAAUUAUUUAUUUAAUACUUGUGUCAUUUUUAAAAUAUUUCAUGUAGAUUUUUUUCUCUAUAUAAUUAAUUGAUUUGAUGUC